CACAUAUUUUAGAGAGAGAAACUAUUGGAGCUCGUCCUUCCAUCACCGUUCCGUGCCGCCGAUCGCUGCAUUCUGACAAUCUCUCCGCCGACGUCCACCCGAGGUGAGUCCCUCCUCCUCUGCUCUGUCCAUGUCUCUAGAGUCUUCCUCCCUCCACCAGUCCGAAGCCAAGCACGGGCUCGGACUCGGGAGUCAGGGUUCCGUUCCCCAGGACGGCCAAGGGGAGCAACCGAGUUCCCCAUCCGUUGAGGAAAUCGUGGCGGUUGAGAUCCCCAGGGAAACUGAUCCCCGCUUCCAGAAGCGCACCGUGCUCGUGGACUCGCUCAUCCGCGAGUGCAAGUGCGACUUGUCGGGUGACGAGUAUCUCAAGGCGGUGCGCUACGCCGGCCCGGUGUUACAGUCCGUCUUCCUACCCCGGAAGAGUCAGUCUUUGACGCUCCUCCGGGCUUCUUCGCCAUCCACCUCAAGUCCCUUGAGAACAGAGCUUCGUCCCUCCCCCGACCAAAGGGAGAUUAGGGCCGCCGGCUCGGCUGAUCUCACUUCUGCCCUCCUGCGGGAGCUGGGCUCGGCGGCCAUACGCGUCCCGGAGCUGGCAAACCGCUUGGAUUGGUAUGAGGCCGACAGGAUCAAGGGCGAAGAAAAGACCCUAAGGUUGCAGGAGUGUGUAGCCAACCUCGAGGGGAAGGCGAACUACUCUCUGGGCUUGUUCCGGGCUCAGGAGCUCUUGCUGGAGCGAUUCAAAGAGGGUAAGGAUCUCCCUGAGCCGUGCGAGGAUCCUGAGGCGUUCGACUCCUCCUUCUAUUACUCCGACAGCGAGGAUGCUGCCGAAGACUGAGCGUGUCUGCGCCCCUCCCCGACCUUGUUUCCUUUUCCUCUUUUUUAUCAAUGUAAUGUCUUCGUGUUUCAAUGAUGUAUUUUGUAUUAUGAAACUAUCACCCUAAUUCUUCAUGGUUUGCAAUGCCUUAGUCAUUUUGUUUUGAUUCUUAACUGCUUAUCCUCGAGCGAAUCUUGAUGACCAAUGGUCCGUUUCGCUAGAACGCUCGGG